GGAUAAGAGUUACAAGAAUAAAAGUGAACACUCUCUUUGAUUGGGAUAGAAGUUUCAUGAGGAUAAGAGUUUCAUUGGGAUAAGAGUGAAAAUCCAUCUUUUAUUGCUCUUCAAUGGCCUCGAAAGCUCACCCCCUCAUGGUUGGGCUAACUCCUAUCUUAUCCUAAAAGUAGGAAGACGAGAUAUGAGCAGGAGCACUGCCAAAAAAAUAUAAAUCUCCAGAUCAUGAAAGUGCAGGGAGUACUUAGUUAAAGAUUUUCAAUUGGC